CACCCCCCAACCACGUGACCGCCGGGUCCCGCGUUACGUGCCCAAGCCAGGCCACGCCCCCCGCCGGCUCGCAGCUCGGCGGAGGCCACGCCCCCACACGGCCACGCCCCCGUCCCAAUGCGUGCGGAGGGGCGGGGCUUGGUGACGCACAUGGGGGGGGGGCCGGGAGAUUUUCGCGCCAUGGGGGCGGCGGAGCCCGACCUUUACCGGGACACGUGGGUCCGAUACCUGGGUUAUGCUAACGAGGUGGGCGAGUCCUUCCGCCCACUGGUGCCCGUGACGGUGGUGUGGGCCAGCUACGGCGUGGCCACGGCCUAUGUGACCGCCGACGCCUUCGACAAGGGCCGGAGAGCUGCCACCGCCCACGCACAAGACCCAGCCCAGGCCACGCGGGUGGGGGUGGCCGUGGUGGACACCUUCAUCUGGCAGAGCCUGGCCUCGGUGGCCAUCCCCGGCAUCACCAUCAACCGGCUCUGCGCCGCCUCGCUGGCCCUGCUGGGCACCCUCACCCGCUGGCCGCUGCCCCUGCGCCGCUGGACCACCACCGCCCUGGGGCUGGCUGCCAUCCCCCUCAUCAUCACCCCCAUCGACAGGACCGUGGAUUUCCUGAUGGACUCCAGUCUCCGCAAGCUCUAUGGGGCACCGGGAGAGCCCCCAGCCCCACACUGAGGACCCCUGGUCUGGGGAAACUGAGGCACGCUGCUGAUUUUGGGGUGCUAUGACCCUUCUACUGUGAACCCUCGCACCGGUGGUGGCCCUGGAGUGGCCGCCCUGCCCCACGGCUGGUCCUAAUAAACCAUUUCAAGCCUGA